UCAAGCUAAUUAUUAUCUAAAUUUACAGCAGUACCUGAGUCGCAACUGACUGAGAUAAGAUAAAGCGGAGUAGACACAUUGUUAUGUCAUAGGCGUGGAAAUUAUUGGGCAAAUAUGAGAGGGACCUUGUGUUUGUGUAUCAUUGCGGUGAUGCUGAUGCAGGCAGCAUCCGGCUUCAGCUUUUGGCCGACCCAGAUACUACAAUCUGUGAGAGAACUUAGUCGACGAUUUCUCCUCAGUAACCCGUCCGCCAAUGGCCCUAGCCACCACGUCGACAAGAUCUUCAACAUCACGGAAUGCCGGGACCAUAACGACACUGACUGCCACAAGUACGACUACCAAGUCUGUUACGAUUACCAACCCUGGGCGCUUCAACGUUGUGCCGCCUACUGCGAGUUCUGUACCAUUGACCCUAAAUUCACAACGCCGGCCCCACCAUGCAACGACACCGUCCCCAACUGUGACGAAUUCAACAAAGACACUUGCACUAACCCUAACUACAGCGAAUGGGCCCACAAUCACUGCAGGAGCUACUGCAACUUGUGUCAUGAAACACACCACCCACACUACAGAACGACCACACCCACAACGACGGUGAAGACCACGACUGACGCCGCGUGCCACGACCUCAUCUCCAACUGCGCCAGCUACGGCAGACGCGUGUGUACCGGCGGCUACAAGGACUGGGCCGGCGUCAGGUGCAGGGCCUUCUGCAACUUCUGUGGAACAAGUCCACCACCGACCACCCCUGCCCCAUGUGUGGAUGUCGUGCAGAACUGCGUCCAGUAUGAGAAAACCACCUGCACCGACCCGUUCUAUAAGGUGUGGGCGGAGAAAAACUGCAGGGCCUUCUGCAAGUUCUGCAACGUGACCACAACAACAACGCCAGCGUCAACAACAACAGUGUCAACACCAACCACGACUCUCGAGACAGGCACAACUCAAGAGACAGGCACGACGCUCGAGACAACCACAACUCUCGAGACAACCACACCGACUACGACUAAGCGACAGACGAUGUCCCCCCUAUGAAGGUCACGGCGCUACCGGCACAUUCGGGGAGUUCUUUUGCGUGUACAACGGCAAGCAAUACAAAGAAGGGGAGAAGUGGGAUGAUGGCUGCCAGUUGGAGUGCUCCUGUGAGGAUGCAGAGUUCAAUGAUGUCAGCUGUGCUGACAAAUGUCCUCAUUGGAAUCUGCCGAACACUUGUCAGGAAAUAACAGUUCCCGGAAAGUGUUGCCCAACUAUACACUGCAACAUGCAGUCCUAGGAUGGCUGUUAUGAUGGAUGGAAUUACAGAUACACAAUUGUACCUUCUGAAUUCACAUUUGAAUUAAAUCUCCCGAGCAUA